AUGUCGAACGAAGACAGAGCAGAAAACCGGCAACUCAAAGAGCAAUUGAAAUACUUACGGAACAAUCCAAGGGCAGACCAGCCCGAUUUCACUAUCGCGGAACGGAAGAAUGCCAUUGUAAAGAUGAAGUCCCGUGUAUCACCCGGGCCAGACAACAUCCCCCCGUCCUUCCUAAAAAAAUUUGGUCCCAAAACGCUGGAGAAACUGCUCUCCAUCUUCAACAUGACAUUUCGCUCAGCAGAUGUCCAACAAUUCUGGAAAGACGCCAUCAUUGUCCCCCUUCUAACGUGGUUUAGCCUCACGUCCUGUGUCAUCAACGUUAUGGAGAUAGUGGUAUCUGAACGACUGUACGAUAUGGCCGAGCGGAGCGGCUGGUUCUCCGAACUGCAGGCUGGUUUCAGGAAGAGAAGAGGAGUGGAAGACCAAAUCCUGAGAAUUACAAAGAAGAUUUCCGAUGGCUUCCAAAAGAAAGAGAAAUCGGCACUCGUCCUCCUCUAUUUUUCAAAGGCAAACGACAUGGUCUGGUGA